AUGGAUGGUCAACAUAAGGAGGUAGAGACAGAUGGUCAGCAUGAAGGGACAGAGACAGAUGCACAGAAGAAAGAUAAACAUGAGGAGGCAGAGAUGGAUGGUCAACAUGAGGAGGUAGAGACAGAUGGUCAGCAUGAAGGGACAGAGACAGAUGGUAAACAUGAGGAGGCAGAGACAGAUGGUCAGCAUGAAGGGACAGAGACAGAUAGUCAACAUGAGGAGGCAGAGACAGAUGGUCAGCAUGAAGGGACAGAGACAGAUAGUCAACAUGAGGAGGCAAAGUCAGAUGGUCAACAUGAGGAGCUAGAGAAAAAUCGUCAGCAUCAAGGGACAGAGACAGAUGGUCAACAUGAGGAGGCAGAGACAGAUGGUCAGCAUGAGGAGCUAGAGACAGAUGGUCAGCAUGAAGGGACAGAGACAGAUGGUCAACAUACCCUGAUAGAGAUAGAUAAUCAGCAUGAUGUGGAUCUAGAGGGGAAUGAGGUAACAGAGAAGAAAGCUCAUACAGUUAAGUACAGAGAGACAAAUAGUCGUAAAAGAAAGCUAAGUAGGGAGAUUCGAUCAGGAACAGAUAAACACAAUCAGCAUGGCAAAGAUAGGAAUGAGGGAACAGAGAUAGAUGAUCAAGAUGAUGGGACAGCUAUAGAGUAUCAGCAUGAUGUAGAUGGGAUUGAGGUAACCAAGAAAAAAAGGAAUGAAACAGCAAAGGAAAAAGCCCAGACGAAAAGCGAACGAAGAUUCAAUCAAGAUCUGAUGAAUGGUUUGUUGAGAAUUCAGCAGAUUCAACAGACUCUGAAGUAUUCCCCAUGUUGGAUAAGCCUCAAAAGAAGAUAG